CCAUAGAUGGCACUGCCCCCAACCCGUCUCCUAGACGAUAUGCGAAGUAAACGACGUGCAUCCACUUGUUCAUUGACCAUCACACGUAAAACGAACUCUCGGUAUUCAUAUUACCACAAUCAAUAUAUUUAGAUAAAGCUCUUUGGAAUUUCUACUGAAAAAAAGAAAGAAAUCACAAAUUAACCCCGCCACAGAUUAUAAGGGUCAUUGCAACAUCUGUCUCGUUUUGUGCUGGUGUUCCUGUAGCCUACUUGCAAAACAGGAAUGUUCUAGCCAUGUUUUUACAUGUGCUUCUUGGACGACCCAAUAAGGCUUCCAUAGCAUUAGAAACAUCACUAGAAACAUACGACGACAGCAAAGAAAAAAAACGGCUUAACCGUAACAUUAAAAAUACGAGAACGUUCAGGUAAUUCAAGAAAUAUUGGAAGUGUUUAGUGCCAUCACGGGUUUGAGCAGUGGUAAGCCGCACCGUGCUGAGCGUGUUGCGGAGUUCUCCGUUUUCAAUCAGCUAAGUCUCAGCGCUGCUCAUUCGCGCAUGGCUACUCCCUCACAUCUCAGAUCUCUAUGAGGGGUCUCCGCUUAACAUCCUGCACCUUUCCACUGUAAAUCAUCGCCAAGCGAGAGCUUCGACGCUUGCAGGUUUUGCCCGCGGAACAAUGAGAGGGGGCGAAUUGUUAAUACGGGAUGAGUGAAGCGCUUUUCGAUGGAGUCUUUGAACAUCGUGGAGCUCCGUGAUUUUGGCGAUCGGAACAGAAGUGCUUCUAAUCAGCCUACAAGUCCCCAUCAGUCGACCCCGUCAGCACCGCGGACAGCAAUCAGCGGUGGCGUCGAGAACGCCUCGUUUCAGGAUGAGGAGCAGGAGACGGGGUUUUCCAGCAACUCCGGUAGCCGUGGCGAACCGGAUACGGUUCACCGCGAUUCCACCUAUAACAACAGCGGACAGCAGACACAGUCCCAGGCUUUCCAAAGAGACGAACUAUCUCCUCGGUCGGACGAGGAGCUGGACGCAGAGACCAACGGCCAUUCCGUCGACUACGGUUUUAUUUUCGCCCUGGUGUUCCUAGUGAGCGGAAUUGUUCUGGUGGUGAUAGCCUACACCAUCCCCCGCGAAGCUAAGGUCAACCCGGACUUGGUGACAGCGCGGCAGAUGGAGAAACUGGAGAUGUAUUACGCAGAGCUCGGCUCACACCUAGACAAGUGCAUCAUCGCCGGGCUGGGACUGCUAACUCUCGGGGGUAUGCUUUUGUCAAUGUUACUAAUGGUUUCCAUAUGCAAAGGGGAGCUGUAUCGCAGGAGGACUUUCGCAAUGUCCAGAAGGCCGAGAAAAACGUACGGAUCUAUAAAUCUGCGCAUGAGACAGCUAGAGGGAGAGGGCAGGGAUUCUCUGGUGGAAUGUGAGCCUGUUCCUGCCACCACUGUCUGUGUCCCCAGCGCAGAGGGGGCAAGCUAAGUUAUUUCUGCUACAGUAGCGCAGCCCCGCCACGAGGGAAGGUUAUUAUAACCGGGCUGUAGAACGGCCGUAAGCAAACGAGGAGUGGAAACUAUUCUUUACAAAACGACUCCUUGUACUGUAGAAGGACAUAGCGACACACACGCCUGCACGCACGCAAACACGCGCACACACACGUAUUUUUUUUUUUUUCAAAGCACAAUAAGCACUCCUGCAAAAUUCAUAUACUAAUUAAGCGUGUUGCAAAUAAUCAGCUAUGAGCUACUCCUAAAGAGUGGAGGAUAUAUACGUAUAGUCUAUGUCACAUCAUAUAUUUACAUGUUUUAUUACUCUGUAAAGAUACAAUAUGCCUUAAAAAGUAAAACAACACUGGUUGAAUUUAUGUAUUUAACACAAGGAUUGGGAUUUUGCUCAGUUAUAUCAUAGGGCCUUGUUAAGCCAAGGAUUUACAUGUAGCAAAACACUCUAACCAUUUUAAAACUUGGGGGCCAUUAUUCCUUAGUCUUGGCACAACUGCCAUGAACAAUCUUCUCAACAGAUCUGUUGUUUGGAUGCAGACGUACAACCUUCAGCCAGCUUGUCUCUGAAAUGUUCAAAACAACAUAAGAUCUAAUUUAACAGCAAUAUUUCACUCGCAUCCAGAACACAUGUUCAGAAACAGAUAUAAAGUCCAGAACCCUCACCUGCUUCAGGGGGUUUUGUGAAACAUACCAUCAAGUGAUGAUUUGGGGGAAAGGGAGGCAAUAGAAAGCCUCAAACUGAAUUUAGGGGAACAUGAAAUUGAAGUUUUGUUUGCCUGUUGUUUUGGAAAUGUUAUUAGGAUGUUUUGUACAGUCUGCAGGCUAGCUACACUCUCAGAAAAAAUGGUAUGACAAAGUGCCUAAAAAGGUGCAAAUACUUGUCACUGGGGUGGUACUGUACCCCUUGCCAGCAAUACAAAAUUAAUUUGUACCUUUUUUUUACUUGUGAAAGGUACUUAUUAGUCCACAAAUAGAACAUUAUUGUUCUUCCAGGGCACAUUUGAGAAAUGUGUUCCUUAAAGAACAAAAAUGUCCCUCCACCGUACCUUUAUUUAUGAGAGUGUAGCGUGUGAGUGCAAAUGCGAGAUGUCUUAAAUUCUAAACCAUUUCUCUUUUUCGGUUUUUUUAACACAGCAAAAGCAGCACAGCUUAAUCUGAUGAAUGCACAGUAAAGACAAGCUAGUUUCUCGUGUACUACACCACGUUGCGAAACAUGGAGGCUCUAUUGACUCAGGCAUGCACAGUUUGAGUGAACACAGAGCAAUCGAAUGACCCUGCAGAGAGCAGUAAAGUAUAUCUGAUUUGAAGCGUACGUCCAUAGAAAAAGCAAAAACCUGCAGGAUGAAGAAAAAGGAAAGAGAGCAGUGUAUGAACGCCUGUAAAUAUAAUAAGCACACAUGGGGAUGGAAAGGUCUAAAUAGAGGGAGCCAGGUAAGAUGUAUCACAGGUGUUUGAAAACCCUAUAAUGCAGUAAAAGAACUCCCAGCUCAAAUGAAGGAGUACACUGCUCACGGUUGAGCAAGCACACUACUGCAAUGUGGGAGGAGACAGUUUACACCUUGAGGGGUUUACUUAGGGUACCGUGGAACCGUUAGAGGUUUUUUUUAAAAAACAAUGCUACAGUGUGUGAAGGGCAUGGUUUCAGGGGUUAGUGCAGAGAGUUCCCGUGGUGUGCUCUGGUUAUGCUGGACGACUGUUCGCCGCACACUGAACCACAUCGGUGGAGAUAUAGGCACUGUUCCAGCGUAUGGAUGAGGGCUCCAUGAUCUGGUAUCUGUUAAGGCUCUGUUCCAGUGUGUGGAUGGGCCCCACGGUCUGGUAUCUGUUAAGACUCUGUUCCAGUGUGUGGAUGGGCCCCAAGGUCUGGUAUCUGUUAAGGCUCUGUUCCAGUGUGUGGAUGGGUCCCAUGGUCUGGUAUCUGUUAAGGCACUGUUCCAGUGUGUGGAUGGGCCCCAUGGUCUGGUAUCUGUUAAGGCACUGUUCCAGUGUGUGGAUGGGCCCCACGGUCUGGUAUCUGUUAAGGCAUUGUUCCAGUGUGUGGAUGGGCCCCACGGUCUGGUAUCUGUUAAGGCACUGUUCCAGUGUGUGGAUGGGGUCCACAGUCUGGUAUCUGAUACGGCACUGUUUUAGUGUGUGAAUGGGGUCCACAGUCUGGUACUGUUAAGGCACUGUUCCAGUGUGUGGAUGGGCCCCAAAGUCUGGUAUCUGGUAAGGCACUGUUCCAGUGUGUGGAUGGGCCCCAAGGUCUGGUAUCUGGUAAGGCACUAUUCCAGUGUGUGGAUGGGCCCCAAGGUCUGGUAUCUGGUAAGGCACUAUUCCAGUGUGUGGAUGGGCCCCAAGGUCUGGUAUCUGUUAAGGCACUAUUCCAGUGUGUGGAUGGGCCCCAAGGUCUGGUAUCUGUUAAGGCACUGUUCCAGUGUGUGGAUGGGCCCCAUGGUCUGGUAUGAAAUCUGUGGCAGUGCUGACUGUCGCGGACAGCCCAUCAGGGCCAUGCACAAUCAGUCAUGUUGUUGCCAGCAUGGCAGGCAUUCAGUCGGCUGGGGUGAUUAUGUCUUGUCGCUCACCAGCAACCCCUGCUAGUCAGUCUAGCACCCACAGCCUGCUCGCUCAAAUUCCAUGUGAACUGACUCAUCUCUGAGUUCAGCUUCUGGGGUUCAGAGUAAAAACCAGCAGCAGCAGGUAUUGGAAUUGUGUGUUUUUAGAGGAACUGAUAGCGGAUAUUGUAGUAAUCUGUGAUUACUGUUGGUCUGGGCAUUCCAAACUGGAGAAAAGGGAAGAAAGCAUUUAAAAACAAUGCAAAAAGUAAUGGAAACAUUCGAAGACCAUACUUGGCCUGUUACGUAGCCGCCCACCGUAUGCAAACGGAUGAUAUUUUGGCACAGAAAUCUUGUAAAAAUAUGUAAUUCAUGUUGCAAUCAUUCCUAAAGAGACACCGAACUUCUAGAAAAGAAAGAUUAUACUGUUCAUGAUGACAAUGAUUCAGGACUCAGUUCUUACAAGGCAUUAAAAAGACAGCGAGAUGCCGGAAUGACUUUGAUUUUGACUUUUGCGAAGCACUGCUUUUCGCACAAUCACUAAGGGGGUCAGUUCAAUCAAGGCACAAAGAAAUUUGGUCAUUUGGUACCUAAUUUAAAGAAGUAUUAAAGUUUUAAAAAAAUAUUUUAUUUUUUAGUGUUUGAUUUGUUAUGUAAAAUAUGUUUGUAAGGGUUCAGAAUCUCUGCACAAAAUGAAUAAAAAGUUGUGAGAAAGAAGUGACACAGAUUUGUGCCUUGAUUGUGGCCCUCAUUAUUUGAAUGUUGGGAUGUAUUUUAUGGGUAAUAGGUUGCAUCACAAGCUCUGUUAUUGUGAUAAUUUGUCGUGGACUGUCUGAGAGUGCUUGCUGUGAACUUAGACAACACAAACCAGCCCUCUGCUUUUGCAGAACCUUGAUGCUAAAAGAUUAUGACUGAAUGUAAUUAACUCAAAAUGCUGGACAUUAUAUUGGAAUCACCAUCAGAACACCCAAAACGUUUCAAUUGCAUAACUUGUUUACUUUGUCAAAUAACCCCCCAAAAGUGAAAAUGUUAUACUGACAAAGUAUGACAGAGUGGCAUGGUGUCAUCUUCACAUAUCAUUUCAAAGAACAUAUUUCAUAUUACCACACACAGAACAUAUUCAAAAAUUGCUGCAAUUUAUUCACUAUAUUCUUGUUUUGUCUUUUGAAAACACCAAACAAAACUCCCAAGUGACUCUUACGACAUCAACCGGCGAGGACUGAAAAAAAACACUUGAUAUUGUACCAUAGCUCCAUAGUCUAUUAAACAAAAAAAAAAAAAAACCUCUGUAAACCUCAUUGUACACCUCAGCUUGAAGUUACGUAAACUGUCAACUUUUGUACUGGAAAUCAAAGCUUACAAAAAAAAAGGUGGGAGAAACAGCACAGCUGUACGGAUGGGUGCUUCAGCGCUGUAGUCUCGCGGCUGUCACCCGUCUUUUUGUCUGGUUCAGCACAGCAAGGUGGCAGUGAGACGGGAGCGCUCUGCGGAGUCGAGACGGACGGCGAUCCAGUUCUCAAGGGAGACUGUUAAAAGCUGCAUGUGAACUUUUGUAAAAAAAUGUUGUGAAACUUGAAAUUGAAGUGAAAAGGCAGGCGUAUAUGUGUAUGCUUAUGUGCAGUUCAUGUAUCAUUUUUGAAAGCCUAUCAUCAUUUCAAUGUGACAAAAAUCUCUUUUUUUUUGGUUGUUGCUGUUAUUGUUGUUUUUAAUAAAAAUGCAUCUGUCUCUUUUUUCUGGAA